UUUUAAAUAGUAUCUUGUAUACUAUUUGAAAGGUAACAUUGUUGUGUGUGAUGUAAUUAAACAAUAUUUGAUAAUAAUAGCGUUAAGCAAGAAUCUUUCAAAGAAAAUAUGGACUUGGAUAUUUUUUAUAUUGAACCUUUACUUGAUGAUUGGCUAGAAGAACUUCAAUUAAUCAUUAAAGCACAAGAAAGUUGAUCAAAGCUGAAGACGAAUUUUACAUGCCAUUUCUAUACCAAUUUCAAUCAUCAAUGCAAUAUUUAAAAUAACAGAAUAUCUCCAUUUGGGGCCAGAUACUAGAUACAUUGCUAUUCACUUAUAUGAUAAAUUUAUGUGUAGCUAUUUUUGGGAAGUGUAUAGAAAUGCUGAUCAAACAGAAAGUUCUUGGUCUCAAGUUUGUAAAAAAGUGACAAGUCAAUCAAAAUUAUACCUCAUGUCUUGUUUGCAAUUAGCAAAUAAAAUGGAUUCACAUUUCAACAAGUUAAGAAUAUCGCAAGUACAUAUACAUGAUUUUAUUUUGAAUUUAUCAAUAAUAGUAUCUUAAUGUUCUAUAUGCUACAGAUACUUGGUAUCUUACGAUGUAUAGACAAAAAAUCUGAAUACACACCCGAUGUAAUUUUUCUAUCAGAAUAUAAGGUAUUUAAGACUGUUGGAUUCAGAAUACCAUUUUACACUCCGUUAAAUUGCGUAGAAAUUCUUUUAGCUGCAACUGGACUCAAGGAUACUCCAAAUAUGCAAGAACUUACUAUAAAUUUAUUGGAUCUAAUUUAUCUGCGGGUUUGAAUUUUAUUAAUAGAUAUUUGUAAGACAUUAGUGAUAUGUUAUAAAUGACAUUAGCAUGAUUAAUGAAGCAGAUAUAUAUGGUUAUAGAGGAAGGAAAUAUAUUAUCAUUUGCAAUGUUUGUUGCACGAACACAGAGCAAAAAUUCAACAAGAAAAGAGGGGUCUUAUGAUAUUAAUGUCAAAUAUAUUAUUUUUGGGAGCUUCUAUUGUUCUUUGUGGGGCGUUCUUUUUGUGUAUAGAUUGUAAUUCAGUAAGAGUUAUAGCUUCAAAAUUAUUGCAAUUAAUAGAUAUGAAGAUUCAUGAUAUUUGGGAUAUGGCUGAUAUACUUCUUAUAAUGGCAAUUCAAGAAUAAUUCUUAAAAAAUUUAUGUAAAAGUAAAGUUUUGUAUAUUGUACAUUGCAUAUCACUGCAUAUGUAAUAAAGGAAUGUAAUUCUUACAUAUACCGUUAGGUGAAAUGUUUAAUUAAUACAUUCUUAUGAAUAAGUACUUCUUUAGUAGUAAAUAACAUAUACAUCCAACUAUAUGCCCAACUAACUUAAACACUUUCAAUAUCUCACUCACUAUUGACAAUACAAAAAUAUAUUAGAGAAAAGAAAUUAUCUGAUUUAAAAGGGCAAAUAUGAUAGUAAUCAUAUUUUUUAUAGGUUUCAAGAUUAUCGAUAUUUUUUUAAAUGGAGCUAUAUCUUCUUAUCAUUAUGGCGUUACAGCUGAAGUUAAGACCAAUCGAUCACCUAUAGUGUUUGAUAAUAACUGCGAAUAACGAAAAAGCUACGAUAGAAAGAUCAAUGAGGGAAAAUUUAUUUCAACAAGUAUUAAAAAUGAUGCCAAUUGUCAAUAGGAGAAAAGUUUCCUCAACAUUGCGUUGUAUCGGCCUUUGUACAGCCAUUCGAUAUAGCCUGCGCGUUCGUCUGAUCUUAAACUUCUAGGCUUCUUUCUGUGGAGCAUGAUUAAAGAAAUAAUUUAUCAUGAUAUUAGUAUAAUACUAUAAAAUAUGAGACAAUGCAUUAAAUAAAACUGCGUGUGGUAAUAUUAAUCGUCACGUCAUACAGGCGGCCAAGAAUCAUACGUUAAUCGCUCACGGAAACGUAUUGAAGUAUAUGUUCAUAGUUUCGAACACUUGUGAAGUAAAUUUUCCUUCAUCGGCCUCCCUAAACAUUUAUGAAUUUUUGGUAUUCAAGAUCAUGUGAAUGCAUAAUAUUAUAAGUUUUUGGAUUGAUCGUAACUUCAGCGCUGACAUCAUGAUAAUAAAAAUAUAUACGACCACGAAUAAAUAUAUACUCUUUAAAACAGAGUAACUUUUUAAAAAUUAGACCAACGAUUUGAUUUUUUUGGACAAGUUAGAAGGAUCAGUUUACUAGAUAAUGUGUAACUAUCCGUCCGUGACCGUUGCUACGCACGCCUUUUCGAACAUUCGGCGGAAGGACCGUUGGGAUAUUAAUGGUUCAUUAGGCACUUCGCUUCGCCGAAAUAUAUUGUUGCCAAGUUUCGGCACAUCUUUAUAUCCGGUUUUGAACUGUGACGGUCGAGACAAACGCGUAGCAAACAGUUAGAUUUAUUAUAAAGAUAUUUCGUUUACAAGAAUAUAUAGUUUCAAAUAAAAUGGGAACAACAAAACAAGAAGUACAUCGACCUGGUGCAUUUAAGCAAGUUAAUAAACCACAUAAAACGGGUAGACAUCGUAGUAAAGGAUCAAUAAGUAGCGAGGUUAAAGGAAAAGUUGGAGUAAAAGUUUUAUCGAAACGUGCCACUAAAAGUCUUGGGAAGCGUGCCCGAAGGCUACAAUCUUCACAAAUUAGAAAAAACAAGAGAGAGGAGGUGUUGCAGCAAAAAAGGAAUUUUGGUGGAUUCCAUUCUGCACCUAUUCUUCUAUGUAUUAUUGCAUUACAAAAAGAUGUAGAUGCUGAUAAUAUAUUAUCAGUAAUAACAAAAGCUGACGAGUCUGCGACUAUAAUUAGUAGUCCACGUGGUACAAUACAUUUAAGUGUACCUAGGUUCAAGCAACGCUUUUCUAUUGUGGUUGCACCAGUUGGAAAUUUGUUCGCGACAUUGGAUAUAGCAAAAAUAGCUACCACUGUUCUUUUCGUUGCAUCCGCAACAAAUAAGUCGGACAAUAGUCCCAGAUUGGAAGUACUUGAUGACUGGGGAAAGGAAAUUAUUAUGCCCUGUGUUGCUCAAGGUUUGACAACUCCGCUAAUAGCACUUACAAAUGUUGAAAAUCUUCACAUAAAGAAACGUCAAGAUUUCAAAAGCCAUGUACAAUCCGAACUUUGUAAGUGGCUUCCUAAGGAAGAAGUUUUCCAACUAAGUACCCCCAUUGAUGCUUUUAAUAUUUUACGACGUAUUGGUACUAGAAAACAAAGAACAGUAUCUUAUAGAAACAAUAGAGCUCAGUUGUUAGGAGAAGAAGCAGUAUUUAAAUGUAAUGAAAACUCCACAGAGCUUGGAACUCUAAUGAUCUCUGGGUAUCUCAAGAACGUACCAUUAUCAGUUAAUGGUUUAGUUCAUAUACCUGAAUUGGGAGAUUUUCAAAUCUCUCAAAUUGAUGCACCUGGUGAUCCAUAUCCAGUGGAGAAAAAGUUGAAGAAAGAUUGUAAUGCAAUGGACGAUGAACCAUCUACGCGGGUUCUUGCACGCGCAGAUCCAGGGAAACAAGAAUCUCUCGAAAGUGAAAAUAUACUUGACCCUAUGGAUGCUGAACAAACUUGGCCUACAGAAGAGGAAUUAGCCGAAGCCAAAGCACAAAGGAAAAAAAUUGUAAAGAGAGUUCCAAAAGGAACUUCUGAAUAUCAAGCAGCUUGGAUUCCUGAUGAGGAUGGAGAGGAAUUGAGUGAGUGCUCGAGCGAUGAAUCAGAAGACGAGAUGUCUGUCGAUGAAGCACAAUCUGAAACGGAUAGUGGACCAGACGCAGAAGACGAGGAAGAAUACGAGACAAUUACUGUGUCCGAAGUUCCUGAUGAACGAUACGAUGAGAAUAUCGAUAUGACAGAAGAAAAAGAAGCAAUGGAAAACUUGAAGAACGCAAAAUUAGACGCAAAAUUUCCUGACGAAGUAGAUACACCUCAAGAUAUGUUAGCAAAACAGAGGUUUCAGAAAUAUCGUGGACUUGAAUCAUUCAGAACAAGUCCGUGGGAUCCGGAAGAAAACCUUCCUACUGAUUACGCUAGAAUAUAUAAAUUUGAAAAUUUUGAUAGAACACGAAAACGAAUAUUUAAAGAAUCGCGGGAAAUAGAGGGUGCUAUGCCUGGUUGGUAUAUCACAAUUCACGUUGCAAAUGUACGCGUAGAUGCAUUUUCUUCAUUGGGAAAUCAUCCAUUAAUUGUAUUUGGUUUAUUACCGAACGAGCACAAAAUGUCUGUCUUAAAUGUGACAUUAAAACAUACGGGUCAAACAUACAGUCCGGUGAAAUCUAAAGCAAAAUUGAUAUUUCAAUGUGGAUUUAGGAGAUUCACUGCGUGCCCAAUAUUUAGUCAACACACAAACGGAAACAAACAUAAAUAUGAGCGGUAUUUUCGUCCAGAGAACACUGUCGUAGCAAGCAUGUACGCUCCAAUUACUUUUCCACCAUGCCCAGUAUUAUGUUACGUUGAAAAACUGAAUAAAUCAUUGGAAUUAAUUGCAACCGGAAGUGUAUUAUCUGUGAAUCCAGAUAGAAUAGUUGUAAAACGUGUUGUUCUUAGCGGUCAUACGUACAAAGUGCAUAAACGAUCAGCAGUUAUAAGAUUUAUGUUCUUUCAUCGAGAAGAUAUAAACUGGUUUAAACCAGUUGAACUACGAACGAAAUAUGGUCGCAGAGGACAUAUAAAAGAACCAUUGGGUACUCAUGGUCAUAUGAAAUGUGUAUUUAAUGGUCAACUGAAGUCGCAGGACACGAUUUUAAUGAAUUUAUACAAAAGAGUAUUCCCAAAAUGGACAUAUGAACCUUUGUUGUUAACAGAGUUACAACAUCAAAAUGAAAGCAUGAACAUAGAAUAAAAUCUGUUAAUUAAAGUAUUAAAAUGUAUAUAUAUGUAUAUAUAAUAAUAAAUAAAAUUUUGUCAUACAUUUAAAA